ACGAGUCUACGGCCUUCUGUUACAUCUUACAUUUCUAUAACCAAUAAUUUGAUUUUAUGUUACAUUCUAUCCACUGUGUUACAUUCAAUUCUGUGACGUUACAGUGAUUUUCUGGACAUUUAUAAUAAUAAUUUCGAUUAUUUUAAAUUUCAACCUGCUAACGCCAUCUAUCGUCGAGUAGCAACAAUGUUCAACUUAAUUUCACUACUCGUCGCCGCGGCGCUAGUGUCGUUCCAGUCGGACUUUCAGGCUUCAGGCGCGCUGCUUUCGAAUAAACUGGACUUGGACAACAGUUUACAACCUAAUGUGGUACCAGCCCCGAAACGACUUUUCAGGAAAUACGUUCAUAUAUACGUGGCUCCCCCGGAGACACUCCAUGUGGGCCCGACACAGAGAGUGCAGCUGGAGUGCCAGGUGUUUGGCUCGCCCAGCCCCGCUGUCACCUGGCUGAAGAACGGAGAACCGAGCGUGGAUUACGAAGAAGCUGCGAAUGAGAUCCUGUCGACCCACCCAUCAUCCAUUGCCCGUAUCACCUCCAAGCUCAUAGCAUCAGCUCAAAACGGAGACGUGUUUACCUGUCUCGCCACAGCCGGGCUCAAACAGCAGAGCGCAUCUACCACCGUCUACGUUACUGAAGGCGAGGACCCAGACCUAGUUUUGGAGAAACUGCUGAUCCCUCCGAAGCCAGUCAUCACGGCAUACUACAACGAGAUCUUCCAAAACAUGGGAACCAACAUUGUGUUGCCAUGCCGCAUCGAGGGGAAGGCCGACCUGUACUGGCAGGACAAUCUUGAUAACAUCAUCCUAGGAGACAACAGGCAUCGGGUGCUGCCAUCAGGGGAUCUGAUGAUCUCUGGUCUGCGAUGGAGCGACAUGGGCCAGUACACCUGCGUAGCCCAGAACGCAUACGGCAAAGAUACCGCGUCCACCUUCCUUUAUCCAUCCAAGGCAUCGUAAGAUGUUAAAACAACCAAUACUAAACUGAUAUAUAGUUACCCGCCGAAAAUUAAGGACAAAAAUCUCGAUGUUCCAAAUACUUAAGCGUAUCCGUAUAAUACAUUGACAAACUUAAAUUAUUAUUGUGAAAUGAAAUUAUUAUUAUUAUUAGAUUAUAAGUUUAUUAUUAUAUUGUUUGAAGAACGAGCUCACGACGGAUUUCGUAUGUACUUAAUUUAAAUUUAAGUUAUUUUUUUUCUAAAUUAAUUUAAUUUAAUUUGUAAAAAGUUUUAUUUGAUUUCAAUUAAAGCUUUUUAGAAAAUGUAGUUUAUUGUUGUACAAAAAUAUUUGUGAAAUUAUGCAUAAUGUUAGAUAUUAAUAUACCCUACACUUUCAUAAAAAAUAAUAUAAUUUAUGGUCGCGCAAGUCGAAAUCUUAAAAAAAGAUUGAAAACUCAACACAUAAGUUCAAUUGUUAAAAUUGUCUAGAGAUUCCUCAAAAAUUCAAAUAUUUUUGCGAUAACUUAUCUACUUUUUCGUAUAAACAUAAUUCAUAUACUUAGGUAUUAUAAUAAAUUUAUAUUUAAGAUCUCGUUGCAUUUAUUUGUAGAACUGCUUAUAAUUAAAUAGAUACUGUAUUAUAUUUGUGAUUCUAUAAGCGUUUAUGUGAUGGUCAAAUAAACAGGUAAUAAUUUGAUUGUGCCCCAGUGCUGGGCAUAGAUAUCCCCUCUAUUAAGUAAAGGGAAAUCAAAAUAUUGAAUAUUACAAUUUUUUUAAUAAAUCAUUUAUUUAAUAUACAAAAAAAUCAAACAGAAUUUUGAACUCUUUAUAAUUAUCUUCAAAUUACUAUUUUUUAGAAUGAAUAAUGAAUUAAUAUUCGUCUAUAAAUAAAAAUAUUAAGAGAAUAUCGUCAAGAAACAUUAAAUUUAAAGCUGGUGAUAGUUAUUAUUUAUUUAUUUUUCUAGUUUAUAUUUUUGUUACUUAAAAUUAAGUUAAAUAUUUUUGGUGAAGUACAUUUUGAUGGAGAUCGUGAGCAUAAUGUUUUGUAAUCGAAAUAAUUAUGUGUUUUUUAAUGUUCUAUGAUAUAUUGUCCCCUGUGAUUCAAAUAAUAAAUGUUUUAUUACACAA